AUGGAUGUUAUUGUCUUUGGUUUGGAUUAAAACCUUAUAUUGUUAUUUUUAAAGCAGAAUACUUUGAAGUAAGUUACACUCUACGCAAUAAUUUACAGAAUCUUUAAGAGUCUUUAUUGUAGGAUGUAUAAUUAACAAUUAUACCAUGAGCUCGAGUCGUAUAUGAGCUGAUAGCCGACGAGGUGCGUAGCACCGAGUCGGUUAUCAGCCAUAUACGACGAGAGCGAAUGGUAUAAUUGUUUUUAUAACCGCUUGGCCUUGAAAAUUUGAAAUACUUUUGUUUUACAACUCGAAGACGAAGUGAAAGAAAUGGUUUUAGAACCGGUAUAUCUCACAGAAAAGCUCAGAUAUAUUAUACAGAUGUUUGGUAGUAUAGUAAGUGCUUGUUGAAUGCAAAUUCAUUUGUCUUUCGUUGCAAACUUUUCUGAACAAUUUAUAUUCUCAAUGAACAUGUUUUUUUCGCUGUUGUUUCGGUAUUAAUUCUUUAAAAAACUUGUCUUUAAACUAAUUUCUAUGUAAUAAAUGUAUUUUGCUAACCUGUCAAAUUUUUUUGAGAGUUUUUCCUUGUAGUAUUAUCUUUCUCAAAGCGAAUAUUUUCCUUUUUUCUGCUUCGCAAACUCAUGUAGUUUUUGGACCGCCAUCUUGUUUUUCGCUACUCGCCGUAUAUGAGCUGAUAUACGGCGAGUAAUUCAACCAAUCAGAUUGCAGAACAGCUCAUAUACGGUGAAUGACUAUAUUAUAACUAUUUAUAUAUUGGCGAGCACACAGCUUGCAUGGCUAUUAAUUUACAAAUGCGAAAAGGUAGGUAGAGAUUAAAAUGUUUAUUAAUGAUCGCGGGCGAAUGGCUAUGUGUGCAUGGGUGGUCAUCUCUUAUUCAGUUCUCAUUAUUCAUUAAUCUCAAAAAAUAUGGCAGACUGUCAGGAAUGAAAUGACUGAAAAUUUAAAACAAAUGAGAAAACUACUUUUAAGAAGGAAGCAAACUAAGAAACGAGCAAUUUUUUUCGUUCUGACUUUGAAAAUGACGGAAAGAAUCAUUUGAAUCAGUGGCCAUGUAUAGAAGAUAUGAAAGAUCUUAAAGAUCUUUCAACCUAUGCACCGUGCUGAUGAGCCCCAAAAAGGGCGAAACAGAGUGGCUAUGUAGAAGAUAAGAUCUUUCAACCCGUUUUUUUCGGUCCUUUGUCACUCAGUUAAAAAAUGUGGUUUAAUAUACAACUUUUUUAUUUUAUUUGGGUGUAACAGCUAGUAGGUGUAAAUAUUUUUUUAAAUUAGCUUAUUUUAUAUAAUUUAAAAACUCAUAAUUUAAUGUCGAGCAUGAAGAAUUACUUUAUUUCAAAGACUUUGUUUCAACUAUGCAUGAAUUUUGCUGCAGUAAAUAUUUCAUGUUGAACAACAUAAGGUAAUGAGCGAAGUGUGAAGUAAAUGUUUUCUUAGUUCAUUUAUAUGUUUUGGCUUGCAAUGGAUUGUGUUACGACAAUGUUUGGGGACUUUGAACGCGAGGGGUUGUAUGCUGGCUGUAUAUGCAUGCAGUCUCGUAUUAGCUUAUAUAUCUAGAGAGCAGACACUGGGUGUGUUCGUAUUAUUUGGUUUACUCCAAGAAAAGGGAAGAAAACAGACGGGGAUGCAAUGAUCCCAAACGAAAAAAUAAACCCAUUCAAAACUCGUUUUAAAUAUGAUAUACAUACUGAUACGCAAUAUAUUUAUAUAUACUGUAUUAAUUUGUAGAAAAUCUUAUCAAGUCAAAAGAACAUUACCAAGAACGAUGGAUAUACACUUUUUCAGCCAUGGCUUGGAACAGGUUGACUUACUCUUUUUAUAACUUUUGAUAUGUGUGUACAUUUAUUUUUACAUUUAUUAUUUUACAUCAAUGUAUCUCGCCAGUUCGCAAUGCAACUGACAUAUAUAUACCGGUAGUUAUAUUUUAGAGAAACAUAUUGGGAAUUAUUCUUAGAAUUCCAUGCAUGCACUACCUAGAAAACACACAGAAGUGUUUUACCACGUUUAAAAAUACCAGGGCGCAACAGUUGCGGCGGAUCUGCGGGGGAUAGGAGGCUAUAGCCCCCUCUCAGAAGUAAAAUGGGGCUCCCUCCCAAAAAGUGGUCAGACCAAGAAAUAAAAGAAGACUCUUGAUCCCAAUGAAAUAUUCCGCAAGUGAUUUUAAACUGGUUGGGUUUCAACAGAUGAUUCCCAGUUCUUGGAUAAAACAGUCUGUUAUGGCAACCUUUUGAGGUUGAAAUUUUCAGAAUUGGUAACUAAUUACAUGUAAGGUUGAAAAAUGAUUAAAAGUACACAAAAGUAACGCAAAAUAUACUUACUGCAGUUAGUUAACUAGCUAUGUUACAAAAUUACUUAAUUUCCUAUAAAUUACUUAAAAGUAAUUAGUAUAUUAGUAUAUUAGUAACACGUUACUUUACUAACGAAUAUUAACAAUUGUUCACAGCUAUACGCUGAUGCAAGCCAUACCAUAUUUUGAUACUCUAAGAGAAAUUCGUCGCGGCGGUAUCUGACUUAGAAGAGUUAGUGUUGGUGUAAACGCAAUUAACUCGUUUCGGGAGGUUUUAAUGAGGGAGUAAAUAGAGAUAUACAAAUCCGCCGAUCCGCCCAAAUUUGAAGCAAAAUCCGCGAUCCGACAAUGGUCUUGUCUAACUUUUUGAAUCCGCUAAAAGCUCUAUUAUGAAGUCACAAUCCAGGAUCCAAGCUAAAGUACAAGCUAAAUCCACAAUCCGAGCCAAAAUAUUAGAUAAAUCCGCAAUCCGCUGUAUUAAUAAGAUCCGCAAAUCCGUGUAAAAUAUUCGCCAAAUCCGAAAUCCGAACAAUUUUUUCUGUGAAAUCCAACGAUCCGAAAACCUAUUCCCCCCCCCCCCUUUAAUAAAUAUUGUAUUUCAUCAUUUUAUUGUUCCGAAUUAAUCGUAUUUCCAUCUUUGUACCAUAUAUAGGACUUCUCACAAGGUAGGCGACGUUUAUCUCAUACAUUUAGUACCAAUUAAUAUAACAAUUGUUCAAUGACUGUGAACCAUCAAUCCCAAUUAUACAAGACAUUGUUAUUCAAGAAAUAGAAAGCAUUUGCCGUGUGUCCAUCGUUGAGUUUUAGAAACACGGGAGAUUUAUCACUGAGGAAAGGAGCUCGAAGUGCAACCUGGAAACAAAGCGAAAAAUACCCCUUGCCCCCCCCCCCCAAGCUAUCCUCUCUGCGGCACUGUCCGGCGGACCCGGUCGUUUCAUCUCGGUUGUUUCAGUGGUUUUGGUUGCUCCCGUCGUUUCAUUACGUUCCUUUUCGUUUCGGAUUUUACCACAUUUACCAAAAAGUGUUUUCAAAAAAUUUUAGUUCUUCUAAACUUCCACGAGUGUUUCAAUUAUCAUCUAUGAAAAUGCGGAAAAUUGGUAAAUUUUAUUUUUGUUGCAAAGUGUGAAUGCAGUUUUUCAUAGCAACCAUGGAAAGUGGAAACCAUGUACACUUAGCGUACCUAUUUUUUAUUUCGUAGUACAAAUUGAAUACAAAUAUCCCUUUUGAUUGUAAGAUUAUUUGUAAUAUGAUGAAUGUGAUUUUAAAAUAGGUAUUGAUCAGAAGCUAAAACCAUCAAAACGAUAUCAAAUUACAUUUUGAGUGAAUUCACAUUUAAAUUUAUUCCUUGUCGUUCAGCACAGGUGAAAAGUGGAGAUCAAGACGCAGACUCCUGACUCCAGCAUUUCAUUAUCAAAUUUUGAAUGGCUAUAUCCCGAUGUAUCAGAGACAAUCAUCCAUUUUAAUUCAACUGCUCGAGGUUAGAAUUCGCUAGUUUCGUUUAUUGUUUUGUUGGCCUGUCCACCUGUACCGGUUAUUCCUUUAAUGAAUUUACCGUUCAGAGCUUGAUUCCCACAUAUUUCCCAAUUCUCAAUUUCUUGAUUAUGGUUUUUCACAUGUAGUCGCAUGUGACAAGAGUGCUCUCUGUUUGAUUUUACUAAAAAACACAGAUUUUUCAGAAUAUUGCAGUUUCCCCCCAGCGAAUUUAAACUGGACCAUGCCGGGAAGAUUGAACAGUCUAGCUAAUGCUGGUAGAGCUAACCAGUGUACAUAAAGCCAUACUGUUUGGUCAUUUUAUUACAUUUAACCGGACCCACCUACAUUAAAAUCGUGCUGUGUGCGUUGAUCAAAAGCUUUUUUCUCGUUCCAGGAGAAGGCAGGUAAAGGUGAAUUUGAUAUCGCUUCAUACCUUCGUAUGUUUACUUUGGAUAUAAUAUGUGGUAUGUCAUGUGUUGUUGCAGUUGAAACCUUAUUUACACAUGUUACUUUCAUAAGCUAAUGAGCUGGUAUUUUUGGGGGGAGCAGUAAAUAAAUCUCUGAACGUUGACAGGGGGUUGUCUGACAAAAUGGCUUGAUCAGAAAAUAACAUGAAGGGGCGGCCAAGCCGAAGAAAACAAACAGAGGGCGCCAAAGUCACAAGUGUCGAGUAUUUUCUAAAUAUUCUAUGCUAAUAUAGUCUGUAAUAGUCUGAAUAGGUGCCUCUGAAUAUUCCGCUAGAAAUUGCAUGUGUUUGCUAAUCCUGUUCGUUAAAGCAUACCCAUUGAAAGAUUAGAGUCUAUUGAUUUAGAAAAGAUGAGCAGUUUUUAAAUCAUGCGAAUACGUACGUUUCCCUCUCUCUCUCCAAUUUAAUACAGGGUGAUUUAUGGGGGUGAAGAUUAGCAAUGAAAUAAAAACAAUUAAAAUAUUUUUCAAUUUUGCCUAUAGCUUCAUAUACUUUAUAUUGGGAGAUAAUUCGUUCAUCUCAAAAUACGGAAUAGUGUCGAAAUUAUUGGAUAUUUCCGUCGGAAUCCGAGGCAGUUCCGAUGUAUGAGGUUAAAACAAAAAAUUCCAAUAAAAUCUCAAAAAUAAAAUUACUAUAUUUACUCGCCCCAAGUCUAUAUUCUCUUAAACUGCGCAAAUUGUAGCGCAGUGUCUAAAUUCCCCACCUGUUCUGCUGAGCUCUAUCCUUACUUUAACCGUAACCGCUGAUAUUAAAACCGCAGGCGCCGGAAGUAACGUGAAGCGGCAAGGGUAGCCAUUGGAAAAGGGUACUUACUUCUGAGCCUUCAUUUUAUGAGCGGUAUGUUGUUAAAAUUUCGGAAUGUGUUCUAAAUCACGAGGAUUUUUUUGUUUGUUUUCAUAAAGGUGCUUUGUUUUUGAUCGAAAUUUUUAUACAAUUUUGCUUACGCCCUAACAGUGCUGUUUUACAUCAGUGAUAGCAACGUUGUUUUAGCAGUAUAACUAGACAUACAUGCAUGCUGCAACCGAACGCCUAUAUUUUCCAAACAUUGAUUUAACAUGAAGUAUUAGUAAUUAGCCAAGACUGAACGCGUCAACUCAAGUGUUGCCAUAGCAACACGAUUAUUUUAAUGAAUUUCCGAAAUAUAUUCUGUGAUAUGUUACGUACAGUAUAUAUUUCGGAAAUUCAUUAAAAUAAUCGCAAAUUAAAAUUUGCAUUUUGUGAGCUAAUUAAUCUGAAAGGCUUCGUAAAAUGUUUUGAAAUGUUCGUUCAAGUAAACUGCUUCUGCUGAUAUUAAAGCUGUAAGUUCAAAUUAUUGAGUAAUUUCUGAAUCGUCCGGUAUUGAAAUUAAUUUGCUCUCCUUUACAUUUUAAGUUCUUACAGCUACAUAGUUGAAAAGGAAGCAUGCGUGCAUUGUUUUACGAAACAAUAUUCAUAAACAAUUAAACAUUCCAAGGAAACUUGCCCUAUAUUUCAAGAUUUCCCACAGUAGGAAAUCAAUUCUACUUAUUUCUUCAAACAAAAAUUGCUUCAAAGCCCGUUGUAUGAAACGAUUUUUCAAAUUGACAUGUUUUUGAAAAUCGAAAUUUUGCUUAUCCCUCUCCUGGAAAGCAGCCAUAUUUUUUAGGUCAGUGAGGAGGUUCACCCAUAACACGAUGUACACAGCCACGCGCCCGCGAUUAUUGAUGAACUUUAGACUUCGCUAAUGCUUUUCUUUCCCCGGUAUACAUGUAAAUAUCCGACGGAAUUAGUACCUUCGCCCUGGGUUUACACCAGGAACGGCGUUCCGCACCGUUAAUUCGGGGAUAAUUAGAGCAAGCAGUCCAGGCUAUCAUAUAUCACAGUCCAUGGGCGCUUUCCAUUUCAUGGCCUGACCGGUCAGACCCGAAUUUUUUUCUCUGUAUCAAUGGAAAGGUCUGGUCUAUGUUUCUCAAAUAUCUAGCAACAAUGGACCUCAUUAUAAUGUUAUCUAAAUUGCCCUGUCAAAUAGGUCGGAAGCACACAAUUGUUUUGUGUUCCAUUCAACAAUUUGACCGUUCUGACCGGUCUGGCCGUGUUAAUGGAAAGCGCCCCAUAUAUCAAUGGCUAAAAUUAUGUAUGUGAACUCGAACACGUGACAACUACUUGGACACGCGGAUCGUGCAUGCAUUUCGGUGGCUGUUUCGAUGCAGGAUGUUCUUAACACCUGCCUACACAAUACGCUUUCUUUACUCAUAUGUUUUAUUACAUAUAUGCCAGAAUAAGAAUCGUAUAUACAACUGAUCAUAUGUUGUGUACGUGUAGACAGGCCUUUACAAACCAUCUACAUGCACGAUCGUCUUCAAUGUAUUAACACGUCCUCGAUCCGUAUCAGUUGUAGCAUUUUUUACUGAAUUCAAGGUUUACAACGAGUGAAUGAACUUUUCUAUUUUACUGGUGCAUGGGUAAUUGGUAGAUUAUUAGAAUCGAAAGUUCCAUAAAAUCUAAACAUUCCCUUGACGAAAGUCUCCAUUUAUCUUCGUUAUCAUUUGGUCGUUUUAUUGUGGUGUUAUAUUAUACUUGAAGAUGGUUUAUACACCUGAGUUUAAGAGAAUACUAUUACGUACUGCAUGUUUGCUGUAUAAUAUUAUUUAUUAUAUAAACAUAAGUGUUAUAGGCUAUAUAGAGUUUUUGACCACUGAGAAAAAUCGUAUUUAAACACACGUAAAAAAUACGAUAUUUUUACGUGUGAAAAUAUAAUUUAUUGUAAAACGCAUUGCCACGUUUUAUUGUUUUUCAUUGAAUUUUGUUUAUAUAAUAAAUAGAAAAAUACAUGUAUGGGUGCGCAGAAAUACCAGAUUUAUUUCUCGGAAAUAAAUCUGGUAUUUCCGCGCAACCAUGUAUUAUUCUCUAUAUAUUAUACGUCAAUAUUUAAUAUUAUCAAUACCAUUCCCCUUUGCAUGCUAUGGCUAAUCAGAUUUAUAACGUCGUGGAAAGACGAGAAUUUAGACGACAUAAAUUGUAUAAGGGCAUCACUCGUGAACGACAUGCAUGCUCGAAGAUUUUCUUAUAUUUUUUAAUCGUAGAGGCAGCAAUGGGUGUUAAUGUGAACGCACAGUUUGACAGUAAUUCCGAAUAUGUUUCAACAGUGCUGAGGUAAUUACAACUAUAAUAUGUUGAGAAGGACUAGAAGGUAAAUUUUGGCUUUUUAAAAAACAGAUUUGCACCAAGCCUAUAUAUCUUUCAAUCUUAACCAUAUAAAACGUCGACUAUAUAUGUAAUGCCGGUUGAUGUACAGGAAUGGUAAGCUAUUUUCCUGAUUAAAUAUCAGGAUUUGGGGCAGCUUACUCGAUAGAAUUGAUUGUAGAAGGCUUUUGUAGAUGGAUAAUUACGGAUGUAAAUUUGGUAUAUUUUAUUAGACCUAACCAACGUAAUAUCAAUUACUUUGCUCUUCUCUUCUCAUUAAUUCAGCAUAAGUGAACUUAUACUUGAACGAUGGAGGUGCCCGUGGCUUUGGAGAGAUUCUAUGUACAACUUAACAACUGCAGGACGUAAACAGAAAAAUAUGUUGAGAAUACUACAUGGUUUUAGUAGCAAGGUGUGUGAAUUACCUUUUUUACGCCAUGCGACUGGGCUGUGUAUACAUACACACCAUUUUUGGGUGGCAAACCCAUGAGGGCAUUACGACCAAAAGCAACGAAUUGACGGGUCACAUAUAAAUCCAAAUGAGUGUUACUAAAGAGAAACGAUGCGAUUUAAUUGAAUAGACUAAGGAAAGUAUAUUGAUUUCUAAUAUGAGUAGCAAAGUAGGUUUUUCUUGGAUAAACUGAAUUCGAGCGAAAAUUAUUUAACUGUUUUGUAGCAGAUGCCCAUAAGUCAGGAUAUUUAACAAUUAUUCACUGAAGUGGAGGUGAAUAGUGCAAAGAUAUUCAUCGAGACACGAAGUUUUAGAUGUUACCGUAACUAAACAAGACUAUGAGAAGAAAAGAACACGAAAAUAUUUUGAAAACAAUUUGUAUUACAACUUCUAAACUCCCAUAAUAAUUGUAAACAAAACAGUACUUAAUACAAGCUCUUAGUCAUUUUAUUCGUUAGAAAUAAUUUUAAAGAAUACCUCUACAUACUGUUAAACAAUAUUUUGUGGCUUUCUUUGUCGGAAACUGCAGCUUCGCUAGUAAAAAAUGUGCUUGAAUAGUGCAAGCCAUAGAUAUCCGGCAAUACAUGUGAGCAACUAAUCGAAUUGCGCGAAGGUACUAUUCACCUCCCGAGUGUAUAUGCUAAAUUUUAUUAUUUUAGGUUAUCAGUGAUCGUAUUGAACAGAGACAACUAGAUGAAAGCAGAAAUACGAAUACAUCUGCAGGCGGCAUGUCAGAGCCUGAUUCGUCAAGAAAACGCCAAGCAUUCUUAGAUCUCUUACUGGAUGAAUAUGAUAAAGGAAAUAUAUCGAAGGAAGGAGUGAGAGAGGAAGUCGAUACUUUUAUGUUUGAG